UAGGCUCAUUACUAUCUGUCACUAGGGAAGGGUCUAAUUAUAUGAAAUCAGUCCUUUGUUCCCUAACCUGCUUCACUAUUUUCUCUAAAACUUCAUUGAUUACAGUUUUAAAAUUAUUUGUCUGUUGAACAGGCAGUGUUGGAUAAUAUAAAUAAGAUGCUGGUUGUGUCGUAAAUACAUACUGUAGUUCUAGAGGCGUGCACAUAAAAGUGGUUCUUUUGUAUUGACUUGUAAGGACCUCAUUCUGAGCGCUGAUGUACUCAAGGGAUGUUUGAUUUUAAUGUGAAUGCAAUAUACGGUUCUCUUCAGUGUUUUUUAUUGGCAUAAAUAGCAGGUCAACAAUAUGCCAAAGUAUCAAGGUCAAUCGCUUUAACAAAAAAUUCAAAGAAAAAAAAUGAGAAAACAUAUAGUAUUUAUUCGGUGGGAUAAAGCAAAAACAGUAUUUUGUCCACACUGAGAUCCUGUACGAAAAGUAACUGCUUUUUUUUCCCUUUUGGUUACCAUGCCAACUGAACUCGACGCGACUUCAAGCGAACAAUUAAUUUUUAUUUUAUUUAUUUUGAACCGGCUAGUUAGAGGUGAUAAUAAGGUUAAGUUUAACCCUCGUGUUAGCUUUUUGUUUGUUUUUUUAAUGCUAGCUAACCUACACUACGCUCGCUGUUCCUUUAACACAGAGGCUGACAUUUAUAUUUACAUGAACGCGAUUGGCUGGUUCGCUUCCGCAUGUUUAUGUGAGGAGAAGCAUGGCAGCAGAACCGUGGAACAGGGUAAAUAUUCCCUUUCCAAGUGCCGUUUCCAGCGUCCGUAUACAUUUUCCUUCAGCUACAGGUUUUCAUGUUCAGGGAUUGUUGGGUGCAAACGGGACGGUUCUUCAACUAAUCCGCAGUGAAAUUCUUCAAACGGAGGUGCGAGUUCUGUAUGAGCUGCUGUACAUCCUGAACAACAGCUACAGAGGCAACAAGACGUUCAAGGGCUUACAGCAGGUUGAACAAUGUGUGAACAGGCUGAAGAACAUGAAGCUCGACAUCGCUCUGCAGGACCUGGCUGAUCUGUGUCCAAAUAAGAUUCAAAGAAAACUGAGCAUCAAGGCUGGUGAGUGCGAUGUUCCCAGUCAACCCAGGCUGGAGUGGGUCUGUCUCAAAGUCCUUGGAGCUGCCCAGCUGAUGAGCUGCGCAUUGAAUCGAUGCAGCCGAGCUUUUAUACUCACAAAGCAGCAGAUGAAGUGGGAGGAGUUUGUUGUACUGAAUAUGGUGAUAACCAGCAUGCUUAGUCGUUUGUGGGUGAUUUUCCGUGGACUGCUGGUCAGCCUGUCCACUCUGUACCAGCAGCUCCUGGUAUUCCUCAAAGAUGUAGCCGUCGCCAAGCCCAUGUCUUUCCUCACAGACUUCUCCCUGCCAACAGAUAUGGUGCAGUUUCUGGCUCCCUUUGACACAUUUUUACUGACCAAACAUCCAGCAUAUGAGCCCCACCCGAAGGACUACAAGGAAAAGCUGCAGCAGAAGAAGAAAUCUUCAGUUAAAGUCAGUAACCAGGGACAGACAGGGAAGAAUAAGGACGACCUGGGUGUUGCUGUUGAAAGAGAUCUUGAUCGUGACACUGACCUCAAGCCUUUUAUUAAGAUUUUCAAGAAUUUCACAAAGAGAAAUUCUUCCCCAGAGAACACACACAAGGCUGAAAAGAAACUGAAGUUAAAGAAACUAAACUUCAAGAAACAAGUGAGAGAAGCUCCAACUUUCACACACAUGGCGGCCCAUUUAGAGGAAAUGAUUCUGUGGUGCAAAUCCCAGAGGAUGGAGAAGGAAAAACGCCUCCUAACCUUCCUGCAGUUAAAGUGCCGAAAGAUGAAAUGCCUUGAGGAAGCAGGUUACAAUGUCCAGAGGAAGCUGCAGACCUUCAGACAGGAAGCUUGCUGGGCCUCAUCUCCUAACAAAUCAGUGCCGAAGAGCUUUCUUUCCCCUUCUGCGAUGAGGAGAAAAGCUCGCCUGAGAAUUCGCCUGUCACUCACGGGGCAAAUUGCGUCUUGUGCACUCAGAACUGGUGUAAAAAAGAAACGCCUGAUAGGACAACAGAAAGCGACUCUUUUAUCAGUGCCUGGGCUGUCCAAGGACAACCAGCAAAACAGGACUACACAUGAGGCAGCACAUCCGACCACUGACAGCCGUGAUGACAUAGAUGAUAUAUUUGCCUCGGUGGGUUUGUGAAAGACAAAAUGCAAACUACCCAGAACAGUUCAUCUUAGUGGACAGUAUGAGGCACUACUGUGUGAAAACAAAAAUGAUGGAGCUGAAUUUGUAAUGUGAACUAAUGAAUUUCCUUUUUUUUUUUAAUGUUAUAAAGCCCGAAAUCUCCGUAGCUGACUGCACAGUAAUCUACUAUACCUGAUGAUGAAAAGCAAAACACUUCCUAAACCUGUUGCACCUCUGACUUGACCAAGCAUGAACACAGUAAUGCUGGUUUACUUAGGCAACACAAUCAUUAGAGAUAAACAAAAGGCCAGUGCAAGUUACUUUAAAAGCAGAAAAUAAUACAAAAUGACCCCUUCAGGUGAUUUUUUUUUUUUUUUAAACCUUGUCAACAUGCCCAUAUGGUGUUAUUAAUUUGUUGGAAUCAUGAACUAAAUAGGCAGUCAAUGCCAUAGCUGAACAUUUCCACCUUAUAACUAGUGUACCAAUGACAGUAUUAGAAACAUGGAUUUAGACUUCCAGAGUUUCAUACAUAACAAACCUUACGGAACCAAUCCUGUCAACUUGCAAGUUGGGACUUUCCGUAUCACAAUUUUUUUUCAGAAUCGGUUUGUGGUUCAAUCAUGUUCGACUGAAUAGAGGAAGCAACAAUGUAACUCAUCUAAACCAUUUCAAAUCAAGAAGGGUUUGUUUUCAGCGGGAAAAAACAUACACAGAGAUGAGUUUUUAGAAGUUUAAUCGAUCCCUGGAGAGGGACUUUAAAAGUCAUGAAAUGUAACAGAAUGGGGAUGUAGUUUGAGUUGUUUGAUUCAGUUUAAAAGUAAUUUUUUACCACUUGUGUAAUAAAACCUUCUAGCCUCA